CGCCUGGGGUCGGACGGGACCAACAACUUUAUCGCGGCCGAGCACGGCCGUAGUCCGCUGGGCGACCACCACCACUCGCCGCUGGAAGAGUUUGACGAGCGGUUCGUGUGGAACGCGUCCCUGCUCGCCCCCUUCCUCGCGUUCCGGCGCGGACUGGUCCCCUCGGUCCGCGACGAGCUGGACGCGCACGCCCUCCUCCUCCCGGUCAUCCAAGGUUAUGUCGGCUCGACGCCGCUCGCAAUGGGGUCGUGGACAGACGGCCAGCCCGACCCGGGCGCGCUGGCGCUCAUCUCGCCUGAGCUGUAA